AUGGCAACAACAUAUAUUGAAUUAACGCUGCGCGAGCUAUUGCAAAUCGCUUUGGGUAAUCCGGAAAUUUCCAGUACUCACUUAUCUCUGCUACAGAGUUUCUUUGAUAUACUGCUAAAGAAGUUAGAUUCGCGCACUGAAAAGAUUGAAAUCGUCGGCAAGAUGAGCACCUGCAUGCAGGACAUUCUUAGAGAAAGUCGUAUAUCACCUUAUCCAUUUGAUUGCGCCAAAGUCCAAAUAUUUGCUGAGAACUUGGCAAAAGUGGAACAGCUCAAAGAACGUGUUGUUGCACUAGAGAAUAAACUAAUGGCACACUUUAAGCAAAUAUUAAACGACGAAGGCAAGCAAAGCUUGCACUACAGCACCAACAAUUUCGAAAGGUUUGCCCAGGCUUGCGAGAGCUUUUGUAUACGUCCUGAAGCCGAAGACGCACUUGCCUGUAAAUUAGUAACAAAUCCACAAUUCAUAGUACAUUUGAUUGAUAGCGCCAUAUCGCCGCUACUCCGCGAAAUGGAUGACAAGCGAAAAAGACUUGCGGAUCUGCAUGCGAAGUUUGUGGAUUUAAAGGAUCGUUUGAAUAAGGCGCUUACUGCAUUAAAAGAGAAUUACAAACGCUGCAUCUUCAUCGAAAAAUUACGAACAGAUUUUGAAAAUGUUAAGGCCACACUUGAGAAGACAACGAGUGAGAUACACAAUAUGCUGUUGGCUAAAUUGGAUAAAACAGAGUUGACUUUUAUUAAAAGAAAAUUCCAUGACCAACUUAGAAGCGUAGAGACAGAUUGGAAUAAACUGAAAACUUUACUUAAGAGAGAAGUGGAAGUUAAGAAAGAUAUCGGCCCACACCAAUGUAUUUCAUGUUUGGGACCGAUCCACUGCACCAGGGAGCCAGCUAAACCGAAACCUUUAGAAAAAUGUGCAGAGAAGAAAAACAAUGAAACACGAAAGGAAAAGAAACUUUCAAAAAUAAAAACAUGUGCAAAGGUACACCUAGAUAGCCUAUAA